CUGCACUGACUGUUGUCUCGAUCUCUCGUGUUGUCGAUCAUUCCCUCAUUCCGCAAGGAGUAUGCAUUUGGUAAAUGAACUCACGGCGCUCGUGCCCGCUGGGGCGACUGUGACCACGGCCCCGCUGUCGCCGUCGACGUCGAUGGAGCUGGUGUGGCACGGGGAACAUGAUCGCCUGUUCAGCCAGUACUACCCGCACCAGUGGUACCUCGUCCCCACCUUCCACCCGCCCAGCGAGCGAUGGCGCACAUUCAAAGACAGCGCCAAAGUCAGGUUCUCCUGUCACGCUUGCGGUCACGGCUGGACAUCGAUGAAAGGUCGCGUCAUCUUCUGGUUUCAUCUCAACUACGCCACGAACUCGGGCUACGUGAUGUUCAAGCUGUACGGACAGCAGUGUCAAAAGUGUAAGAACGGGACGUUCGAGCACGCCAUGUGGUACCCGGAGGAAGUGGUCAAGGUGGUGGGAAAUGUGUACAACCGGGUUGGACAGCUCUAUUACGGAUUUGUGCGACCUCCACUCCGAAUCGAUCGCCGUGCCGGAAAACCCCGAAACCAACACAAUACCGAUCUGUGCCAAGCGUGCAAAGAAGGCCUGUGCAAGGAGGAGUGGUCAUUCUCGUGACGUCACUAAACAAUUGCGUGACCUCACUAAACAGUUGCGUGACGUCACUAAACGGUUGCGAUCGCCUGCUCACAAUACCCAUAAUGCAAUAUAUCUGGGCCAAAAAAAAAAAUCAUCUGCGCUGUUGUUUUAAUGCUAUUUUUAUAUGAAUUGUAUAAAUAUUGUUUUAAUCUGAGCGCACAAAACACGUAUGUUUUUUUAAUAUUGAGAGAAAAAAAGAUAGAAAACAAAAUUUAUAUACGUUUUGGUAGCUUCUGAACAAUUUUACGAUUCACAGGUACCCCCAAAAGAACAUCACAGAGGGUGCUAUGGUUAUGUCAUGUUAUACAAUACAACUAUAGCACUCAAGGCACUAGCUUAGAUCAUAACACAGCUAGUGUUAUGAUCUAAGCUAGUGCCCUCAAAUAUUAACGGUGGUGAGAGACCAAAUAUUCAUCGUUCAGAACUCCUCGGCCUAGUUCACGAAUCAAACCUCGGGCGCCAGGCGUGGGUGGUGGUUAGAUUCACGUGCUAGCUUUCUUUGGUAUGGCCAAAAAAAAAAAAAAGAGUUAGUGAUCGUCCUUUUGAUAACACAAAUCGGGGGGGGGGGGGGGGGGGGGGGGGGUUCUGUGAAAAACUUUAUAAAACCCUGGAGACCAUUUUGUUUGCGGGAGUAGCAGCCAACAGCGCACGCCUGGACUGGAUGUUGUAGUUCUUUCACUGGCCGCCAGGUGGACCUUGUGAUGGUUUAACCCGUUACAGUGCUUACGAAAGUUGAAUUGCUGCUAUCUCGACGCGUUUUUAACAAAAUAAAAAAUAAAAUAAAUUCAGGAGCUGGCGCAUUUUUCAUGUACGGGCGGGGACGAUCACCAACUUUUUUUUUUAUUUGGCCUAUGUUUGCGUGUGGUCAAAAUAUCGACAAAAACAUUAUUAUUUUUAGAAUCGUAUCUCAGAAAAAUGCAGAGUCAAAAAGAUUAUUUGACAAUAUUAUGACUGUUCAGACGAGGUUUUGCGCCAUUAGGAGGACUGCCAUUUACCAGAACGAUACGUCUUUCCGACUUCGUCUAUAAGAGGACUGCCACUCUUCAGAUUAGUGAAAUAAAUACAAAAACCUAAACAAGACAGAGCUCAGUAGAAAUUUAAAUAUUUUUUUACGUUCCAAUAUUUAUUUUAACAUCUGUUUUUUAUUUGGUAUUUUUAAUUAAGACCAGCUUGUCACCAUUCACUUCAAUGCAUUAUAUAUAUAUAUAAUGCAUUGAAGUGAAUGGUGACAAGCUGGUCUUAAUUAAAAAUAUCAGAAUAUAUUCUGUAAAAAAAGAAAGAAAAAAAACCCCAAGAAAACCACCUUACACCAUUGAAGGAACCACAUAAAUACUAUUUUUAGGAAGUACAGUUACUUAGUAACCACACUGCAAAAAAAAAUCAAUAUAGGUUGAUCACAAAACUGUUGCGUUAUCCACCCUUACGCAGAGCACCACAUCAUUUUGAUGUCGGCUGAAGAGUUCCGAAUGGGAUGGGUAGGUUUCAUGGCAGCGUUAUUUUGAGGCCGCUAGUUUUAACAGUAGAGAAUAUGUAAUUUUCAGUAAUUUAAUUUAAAGUUCUCUUUCAUCUUAAAUUAUUUUCUAAAAAGCAAUGCAGUUAAAUAUUCAGCUAAAGUGAAUAAGAACUGAGUAUGUAGUGUAUACAUAGAUUGUAGCAAAUUAACACCAAAAAAACCCCUUUAAAACUUUAAAAAAAAAAAGGUUUAAAAUAUAAGAUAGUUCUAAACAUUUUAGUAAAAAAGAAUUUCAUAAUAAACAUUAAACAAUACUUAGCUUCAUAUGUUACAAAGUAUAUAUCAUUCCAUGCUAUUUUUAUUGUACAAUCAUGCGCUUGUAGUUAUACCAGUAUUUGUCUUAAAGGCGACCCCACACGAUACGAUUGUCUCGAACGAGAAUAGUCACGAAAACAGCCGAUUUGACAAGACAAACAAUACGAUUCCAUCGGUUGCUAUGCAUUCGGCUACUAUCGUACGAAGCACUCGCAUCGUGUGAAGUGACCUUAAGAUUGUCUCUGGACGUAUUAGUACUUACAUUGCAUUUAUUAUUAAUAGUGUCUGAGACUGUAAGCUUUGUAUCUACAUUCAUACUGCAUUUAUUACAAAACAUGUAUUUCAAAAUAUUUAUCAUGUUGCAUUUAUUUAAAAUGUUCUUUAAUCUGUUGUCUCAACAUGCUUACAACAUGGUGAUCUCAUUUCACGUAAUCAUCAUUAAAAUUGAUGGAGUUCUUAAUUUUUUAUUAUUUUUUUUUUUUUACAAACGAAUUUAAACUUUAUUAACAGAACAAAUUGCCUAGGCUUUAUGUUCGGUGUUAUAACAUAACACGUUAUCAGUUUUGUCUAUGAAAAUGAAAUAUGUUAAUGAAGUUUUGCAUGUUUUAGUAAUAAUAUAUUCCGCACAUCGGAUUAUGAUUAUGAUUAUGAUCAGAUUUUGAAAGCUAAAUGGAUAUUAUCUCAACAUAUUCUACCAAUGUUUCUGCUUAUGGACAUUGAAGUUUAAAAUUUUAAAUUGUAAAGGUAUUUUCAAGAUUAAAUAAUUAAUGUAUUAAAAUAACAUUAUACUGUACUAUGUUGCAUAAAUUGAUCAGUAUAUUAAAUAUUAAAUUUAUACUGUACAUAAAACAAUAAUAUAUAUAAUUUUAUGCCAUCUAUUUUACUAACAAAAUAUAUUCACUAACUUACAAGUAUAUAUGAAUAUAAAUUCUAUUUUGAUUUAGAAUUUUCAGUUCAGAGAUUAAAUUCCUUUGAUUACAUAUUGUUCUCUUACUGAAGAGAAAUAUCGACAAUCAUAAUUUACUUUAUUUUAAUGAGUACAUAAUUACUUACUAAUUGAUAAAGUUAUAUUUAAAAUAUAGUUUUCUGUAACCCAAUUCACGUGUUCAUAAAAAUAUAACAACAACACCGACGAAUCGUAACAGCCGAACAUUACGUCUGUGUUAACUAAGUUACAGAAAACUAUAUUUUGAAUGGGUUUUUUUCUUCUUUUUGUGUGAGUUUUUAAAAAUAUUAUUAUUUUAUAUAUUUUGUUUUCACUGUGAGAUUUAGCGAGUGUGGUUGCUAAAAUAAACCAACGUCUCAUGGUGUUUAUUAAUAUCAGUAUGUCACCACAUCAUCACGAAGACGUAUUUUAUAUGCAAUGAUAUUGUUAUGGAGACAAAUUGUAUAUGCUUACUGUAUAAUUACUGCAAUACCAUUUUUGCGGCCUUACAUAUUUAUACAUAUUUGUUAUAUAUAAAUAUGUAUAUAUAUAUGUAUAUAUAUAUAUAUAUAUAUAUAUAUAUAUAUAUAUAUAUAUAUAUAUUAUCUGUCUCUGCUGGGUAUGUUGAUCACUUGAUGCUAUAUGCUAAAGAACAUUCGUGAAUAUGUUUUCGCCUAUUUUUCAUUCAGAAAAUAUUUUUAAAUUGAUGACGUCAAUAUAAAACAAUUGGAUGACAUCAGAAAACAAAUGGGUGAUAUGAAAUUGUUUUGAACCAUAGAGAGAACUACAGUUUUUGUAGUCUACUUUUUACUAUUUGUAUUAGUAGAUUUUAUGACGUCACGAUAACUUUUAUUAGUAAUGCAUUUGUGUUUUAAUUGUACUUACAAAGUUACAUUAUAUUGUCAAUUGUUUCUUAUUUGUUUGUAUUAUAUUACACGACCAGCGUCGCCUUAAUAUAUUAUGAGUAGUGUAGUUCGUGUACAGUUAGUGUAUGUUUAGAUGUGUUGCUUGGAUACUAAUUAAAAAAAGAUAUGAGUUGAAAAAUAUGUCCUUAUUUGGGCAAUUCCGUUGUGACUGACAUUACAUUUUUAGCAAAUUUCUGUAACGUAAGUCACUAUGGAAUUAUCCAAUUACAUGAUAGAUAACAAACAAAACACUAACGUUGUAGAUAUCAAAAGAAGGUAUUUUGAACAUAUCAUUAAGAAUGUACAAACUAAAAAGUAUAAAAACUGUCGAAAUAAUGAAUGUUUAUCUAAAGCAUGAUUUGCAGUUUUGUUUUGAUUAUAUAAUGUAUGUAAUUAUUAGUUUCUGGAUUAAUUGCUUUGUAAUGUUGGUAGCCCUCUGCAUUGUAAAUGUUAGGUCUAUAACCAAAUUAAAUUGUAACCUUCAGCAAUAAUAUUAAAUAUGAUUGUUAUGUACAUAAAGCUAUUAACUUAUCUGUCUGAAAGUAGAAAUGUAGAACAAAACGUGUCAAACUAUGGGAUGAUUCGGAGUCCGUCGGAUAUGUUCGAUGGUUGAACGGAAUUGAUCGGAAUUCUUCGGUUAUCUUUGUCAGGUUACGCACUACUUACGCUGUUUGUUUUAAUAUUUGUUUGUUUUUAAUUUAUCAAGUCAUCUGUCAAUGGUUAUUGAAGGUAUACAACAUUUAUUGUUUAUAUGAUUUGGAAUUUAUCGUGUAUGUUCAUAUGUUAUGAAAAUACUGAAGAGAUUUCGAAGUGAUUCCGAAAGUACAUGUAUUCGACAGUGUCUGUUAUUAUGUGUUCCAAAACAUUCCAUGCCAGUGAUUAGUGAAAUGAAAUUCGGAGAUGUACAAAUAUAUUAUUGCAAUAUCUUGCAGGUGUUCAGAUAUCAUUCCUACCUUUUGUUUACGUUCCAUAGAUCUGCAUAUUUUUAUUUCAAAUUCUGACAGCGAUUUGAUCCAUCUCAACAUCACUGUCCUUGUCUCUCCAACUAUAACAGUUGAUUGUAUUUUGUGGCCAUCCAUGCCACGCAGAUAUUAAACUCAAAAUCUUUUUAAAAAAAGAAUAAAUCCCAACUAACCCACCUGCCCCCUACAAUAAGAAAAGAAAAAAAGAACAAAGGCACCCAACAUUGAAUUGGGAAUGGUAGACCAUUUGCGGUUUUAUUUUUCCAUUCAGAUGUUGAGUAAUUUAAAUGGUACUUCAUUUAAUUUUAUUAUUAAUGAUCUCUAUCUCCUUUGCCUGUGAGUAUUCUAUAGUAUCGUACAUAGAUCACACUGAAUUCAAAUGGAUAGCUAAUUCAUGUUGGACUUUAAAAGGACAUUCCUGAGUUUACUGCAAUUUUUAAGAUGUUAUCGACUAACAGAGACUUUUUAACGAUUGUAAUUACAUAUCAGAUAUAUUUUUCUGCAUAAAAUAUUAAUGACUGUAUAUUAAA